CCAGUUAGGAUAAAAGCAACAUACAACGUCCUUUCAUGGAUUUCAUGUUAAAAUUCAUAAGGAAUAAUUUUAAAAAAAGUAAUGUAUAAUAAUAAUAUUUCGUAUUUUAAAUAAAUGUUAAUGACAAUAAAACUUGAAAAGGUGACCAACUGAAUAUUUCAAUUCAUUUAAACAAAGUGUUCAAUGAUUCAAUAUUUUUUGUUUAGGAAUAAAUAUAUAUAUAUACGUAUAAAUGGAAAGAAAUCACAAAUGAAGGAUAUAAACUGUAGUCUGAAAAGAAUAAUACUCUUAUAAUGAAAAUAUUACUACGAAAAUUAAUGACAUUUUUAACAAAAGUUGUAAAAAUAUUCAUUAUAGAUAAACAAAAGUCUAUUUCAUACCUAUUUAAUAAUCAUAUGAGCAUUUCCAGUCGGCGGUAAAUCAGAAAUAUGCAUGAAUGCUUCAAGAUGACAAGUGUUUUUGGAGAAUAUUGAGGGGAUUCUUUGAAUAAAAUGAUAUAAAAGAAGGUUUAUAAAAGGAAUUAAUAAUGCAAAUAAUAAAUUGGUAUUUUGCCGAUAUAAUGAAUUACACAAUGUCAUACAGUGAUGAUAGCGUUGUAACCACGAGUACUAUUACUAAUAUACCUAUUACACAAGAUAAUCAAUUCUAUGAAGAUGCCGUUUUAUAUGAAUAUAAUCAGCAUAACUCUGAGAUUGGUAUUUCCUUAAGUUUACAGCGAAAAGUAAAGAAAACUGAUGGCAAAAUAAUCCGUAAAGCAACACAUCUUGAUGAUAACAUUCAAGAUGGUAAAUCGGAACAUGAAGUAAUACCACAGAAUAAUUUGAAUCAGCAAUUGAAUGUUUCACCCACUGCUAUCACUACCGCAAAUUCUACAGCUUUAUCAAUGCCAGAAAAUUUAAGUACUAACCAGCCUUAUUCUAAAGAUGAUAUAAAUCCGGGGGAAUUAUCUAAACAGACAUAUUCUGUGGUUAUUUUUCGAACAGAAAGUAUCAAUGAUGUUGUCACAUCAUUAAAUUCAAGUCUACCAGAAAUUGAUUAUAAUAAUUCAACAAAAGACUUGACAGUUAAUCGUUUAGGUGAACGUGAUAAAAAACGUCUUCUGAAAUCAAUGGCUAAAAGUCAAAAAGUUGACAAAAAGGCUAAAAGUCAUUUGACUCCAUAUAAUGAUUCUUCAGGGUAUGAAGUAAUCCAGUUAACUACACAAAAUGAAACACUCUCCAGCUUUAAGACAAUCCCUAUCACUUAUUCAAUAAAACCGAAUUUUACACUGAUAAAUAAUAAUGAUAAAUGGUCAAAUAUAAACCAUUGCCCCAGUAGUAGUAGCGGCAGCAGUAAGAGCAAAGAAUGCGAAACUCGAAAUGACAGAUUGGAAGAAUCUGAAACGAAUGUACCAAUAAUAGAUAUAAUCACUGAACCCAUAGUAGCUGUAUUCGAACCUACUGAACUACAAAUAAAAAUCUAUUCACCUCAACAAAGUGAUCACCAUGAGUAUCGUAAGGAAAAGACAACUACCUUCCCGCCCAAUCUAACUUCAUCAUUUCAUCCAGAAUAUAUUUCUGCUAGUACAGUCACCGCUUCAGAGGGUGAUGAAUUACCGCAUAGAACUAAUUCUAUUGAACAAGCUUUACAAGAUACAUCCCAGAAAAGUAGUGAAAAUCGAAGUAAACGGUUAUAUUUGAAACCUGGUAGAAAAUCUAGAACACUGAAGAAACAUGCUUAUAAGGGUGUAAAUCAUGCUCCCCUGAAGACUACGCCAAUGGGGAGUCGAACAAAAUCUCCAAGUUGUAGAAAAAUAAUGACUAACUACUCGCCAACAAAAUCACCGCAUAAAAGAAGCAAUAAUUCACCAAAAAAUAAUUACCAACCUUUGACUAGGCUGUCUAAUAAGACAGUCAGACAACAACCAAAAGAUAAAUCAAUACGCAGUCAAACAAUAUCACCAACACUGCGUUAUACACCUUUAAAGUCAGUGAAUUCUUUGAAGAGGAUAAACUGCGAAAGAAAACGUAGAAAAUCAGCACCAAAUGAGUCUUUAUCAACACACUCUCCUCCUGCUUCUAUCAGGAAAUUAAUGAGAACAGAUGAUAAACAAAAUAUUUAUGAAGCUUCUGUUCAUUUGAUUGAAAGGAUAAAUAAAAGAUUGAAAAAGUAUAAGCAAUAUAAAAGUCUACAUCAACAAUCACACUAUAAACGUCAGACUACAAUGUCACCAACUCUUAGAAGAGGAGUUAGAUCUAAGCCAACAGAAAUGAAGACUAGAAUAAAAUCUCCAAAAAUGAAAUACAAUGAAUUAAACUCAAAGGAUUUCAACUUUCGUCGAACUAACAGGAACCAAAUUACUCGAAGUAACACUUCUUCUUUAUCAGAAUCUAUAAGUCAAAAACAGCUGAAGUAUAAAGACUCGCCUAUAACUGCAAUUAGAAAGUUAAGAAAUCGUGAUAAUGCAUCAAAUUCAACUUCAAUGACUUCAUUAUUAGAAAAUCAAUGUUACAAUCUACCUAUGAGAAUAAGUAAAUCUGAUUAUCGAUUAACUUCACCUGGUAUCUUAUAG